AUGAGACCCCCCAAGAAAUUCACUGCACCAAAAUUCAUGUCAUACGAUGGGAAAUCAGACCCACUAACACACAUUAGUCAUUAUCGGCAGAUGAUGUCCUUGUGGAGCCAAGACGAGGCACUGAUGUGCAAAAUCUUUCCAUCCAGCUUGGAAAAAUUCAGAAUUCGAUGGUUCAAUCAUCUUCCCGCCAGAUCGAUUUACUGCUGGAAGCAGCUCUCUGAAGAGUUCUUGGCCAGAUUCAUUUCCAGCACUAAGAUCCCAAAAGAGUCGGACACCUUGUUUGGUAUCCGAAAGGAAUAUGAGGAGACGUUGCGCAAUUAUGCUAGAAGGUAUUGGGAAGAGUAUAAUGAUUUGGAGAAAAAUGUUUGCAGUGACCAAAUGAUUGUAAUGUCUUUUAAACACGGUCUGUGUCCGGAAAGCAAGCUGAGACAAUCACUUACCAAGCCCCUAGCCACAGAACUGAAGGACUUGUGUGCCAGGAUUGAGCAAUACGCUCGCUUCGAAGAUGAUUAG